GCGAGCUAACGUUAGUUUGGUUAUAAGUAAACCGCCAUGGGUGGAUGUUCUGCUCCAAACUGCUCCAACUCCACGACCAUCGGAAAGCAGCUUUUUCGCUUCCCGAAAGAUCCGGUGCGGAUGAGAAAGUGGCUUAUAAACUGUCGCCGGGACUUUGUGCCAACCCCCUGCUCCAGACUGUGUCAGGAUCAUUUCGAGGAGAGCCAGUUUGAAGAGAUCGCUCGCUCGCCAGCAGGGGGAAGGAAACUGAAGCCCAACGCGAUCCCCACACUGUUCAAUGUCCCGGACCCACCCUCACCCAUCACCACUCCCGUGGCUCUCCCAGUUAAACAUGAAGCAGAGAAGGAUUUGAACGUCGGGGACCACGGCUACGCCCGGCGGCAGCCGCGCCUGGACCCAGAGGAAGAAGAAAGGCAGAGAGCGGAGGAGGAACGGCCGUGCUCUCUGUGCCAGCAUUACAAAAGUCAGCUGGAGCAGCAGCAGCAGCACACAGCCCGGCUCCAGAGAGAGGCGGAGGAGAUGAAGAAACGUCUGCACAAGCUGAGCAAGAUGGAGAAAGGACUGCAGAUGUUUCUAUAUGAGGACCAGAUCCGGGCCCUGACCCUUGCCAAGCGCUCACGGCGGGCCGUGUGGUCGCACGACACGGUUCUGACCGCCCGCAAGAUCCGCUGUGCCGUCGGAGUGAAAGGAUAUGAAUUCCUUCGAGAACUGGGCUACCCUCUGCCCUCCUACAGGACGCUGUGUAACCGCCUGGAGCCUAAAAUGAUGAUGACGACAAGCAUGCAGGAGGAUUUUGCAGAACUUGGCUUGGGCAUCAUAACUGCGUGCAAUAGCCCUGAAGGCAAUGGGACAAGCGAUGAAGGGCUGAUUGGAAUCAUGACCUAAGACUCUCUUCUCGUUCAAACCCGUGUGUGUGGUCGAAUGUGUGAAUGUGUUUUGUAUUUUUGAUGGAGGAUAAUGCGAACUGCCAUGUCCGCUGAGGUCUGAGCUACAGCAGCAGCCGUCUGCACUGUAAGAAAUAUUAUGUUUCACAGAGUUAGAUUCAUUUCUAAGUUCUCAAAGAUCUCUCAAAAGCAGCCCAACAGUGGAUGGAGGUGUAGCAUGCCAGUGUUGUUUAUUUAAUGGAAAUGCUCAUUUUUUUCUGAAGGUAAUAUUUUACCGUUGUUUAUUGCGAUAUUGUUCAAACCAUGAACUUCAUGAAAAGCUUCAGGGUCUUAAAUGGGUGCUGUGUUAGUAGCAGAUUGCAGAAGCUGAACAAGAAGAAUCUACUGUAUGAAACUGAAAUUAGAACCAAAGUGUUUAAGGCUGCGUUCACAUUACCAGGUUGAAGUGGCACAAAUCCGAUUUUUUUGCCCUAAUGUGACUCGGAUCUCAUGUUUUUAGGGCCGUGUGGACGCAGAUCUCAUCUUUUCAAAUUGAACCUGAGCCACCUUCGUAUGUGGUCCUAGAUCAGAUACGUAUCCGAUUCGUGGCCAUGUGACCUUAAUGUGAUGCUCACAUGGGAAUUCAUGUGCUUUUCCCCACUGCGCGUGACCAUCAUUCAGUGUUACUCUGGCAGC